AAAGAAAAAAAAAACGAGCAUCAAACUGAAUCAGCAUGUAACGUUCAAAUAAAAGCAGCAACUCUAGACCAGAUAUCUGCUGACGUGGUCUGCUAAAGUCUCUAAAAUCCCCCUUAGUGUCAUUAAAAUGUGUCGAUAGAGUGGAUGGAGCUGGCAGGUGGAGUUUGCAGAGGGACAUUACCGGCUGAUAGUGGACUUCUCUACAGUAGGGUUAUAGGCUAUGAUUGUGGGUAAUGGAGGAUAGUCAGUGUGGGGACUUGGACUACCUGAUCCAGGAUGAGGACACCAUCAUUGAGGGAGUCAGCAACCAGGUCUUAUUUGUUGUUGUCCUCAGUUUCACCUUCCUGGCCGGCCUCCUCACUCUUCUCUGCAGACAGGAGGAGCAGAAUAUUCACCCUGAGAAUCAGGAGCACGUUCGAGCUGUCCGACAGCAGCUCCAAACUGAACAGGAUGAAAACCCACAGGCAGAAGCCAGGCAGCAGUACUACACAGACAUGUCUUGCCCCGUGUGUUUACAACAGGCUGUUCUUCCUGUAGAAACAAACUGUGGUCACCUUUUCUGCGGCUCCUGCAUUAUCGCUUACUGGAGGUAUGGUACCUGGCUGGGAGCAAUUAACUGCCCAAUCUGCAGGCAAAUGGUAACACUGCUCUUCCCGCUAUUUCAUGAGCAUGCCAAUCCUCAGAGGGUUCAGGAGGGUGAGGCAGAACCUCAGCUUAUAUUAAGAGACAUCUCUGAUUACAACCGGAGGUUUUCUGGCCAGCCAAGAUCGUUCAUGGACAGGCUGCGCGAUGUGCCCACCCUACUGCGUCACGCCUUCAGGGAGAUGUUUACUGUGGGCGGCCUCUUCUGGAUGUUUCGUAUUCGAAUUCUUCUUUGCCUGGUCGGUGCCAUCACAUACCUGGUCUCGCCGCUCGACAUCCUCCCUGAAGCGCUUUUCGGCCUUUUGGGUUUCAUGGACGAUUUCUUCGUCAUCCUCCUCCUCUUCGUGUACAUCUCAAUCAUGUACAGAGAGGUGGUGACGCAGAGACUCAACGGCUAGGCAAUCACUAAUAAAAAAGGCCUUGAGAAGAGUCAAGUUAUCAUUUGUGGAUAUGUAAAAAAUUGAUAAAAUAAAUUAUCUCUUUUUUUCCCCCUCUGAUGGCUUUGACUUUGAAGCAAGGUCAUCACUGGAGAAGGGUUAGGAAAAUAUUUCUGAAUGUUGACAUUGGAAAUUUUAAAGUUAUUCUGAAGUUCACAAGUUGAGUGUGAGUGGAGAUCAACAACAAUGGAGCACAAGGGAACAUCUGUAAUAUAAACCCAAUAUUGCUGUGAGCCAGAAAACCUUUCUGGUCUGUUUACUUAAACAUCCAUAAGGAAGCCUGCUACCAGCCAUAUGUGCAUCAACAUUAUAGAGACAUUUCCUUAAUGUAAUAAUGUUUUUAAAGUUCUGUGUUGAUGGCAAUGACUUGAUUAAAUAAAUUUAAAGAUGACUGCAUCUGGAGUGAAACUGCAGGACAAAUGUUUUUUGUUUUUUUUAUAUGAAUUAUUUAACUGCGGCUGUUUACUUAGUGUUGAAUGCACCUAAAUAAUCUCUAACUAUGCACAUGCAUGAUUACCUGAAAAACCCAGCUUGAUGGACCUGAGAGGGGAAAUUACUGAAUUAAGUUCCCUGCAAAUGUUAAACAAUCAUAUAGCAUUUAACCUGAGGUCCCGUGGUUGUCCACAUAAACGGAUUCAGAUGAUGCACAAGACAUCCUGUAAUAGGUCUCUCUGCAAGGUGGAUUCCUAUUUGACAAAAACAGAAUUUAUUUCAGUGCUUUAACGAGAAGCCAAACUAAACUGUAAUCAGGGAUCAUUUUGAAUGUAAAUUAUUCUUCUCAUAAAGAAUGUUGUGGAGCCUUUUUAAAGUUGACAUUAAUAUUGCAAAGGUAGUUUGAAGUUUUAUUCAUACAUUGGUGUUCCAUGAUAAUCUCGGUUUUAAAAACAAACCAAGCUUUAGUUUUCUUCAAAUAAUCAUUAUGUAAUGUGUGAUAAAUUAUUAUUAUUUUUAGAUAGUAUAUCUGGAAGGUGAUACAUUUUUUCAGGAUGUGAAAAAAAAGAUUGAGAAAUAUGUGAGACUGUGAAGAUUUGGCUGAUAGAGCAAGUACGCAAUUCCUAUUUGUUGUUUUUAAACUUGUGAAUCUUUAAAUGAACCAAAUGCCAUGGCAAGUGUUGACCAGUCUUACCACAGGGGUAUCAGUUCAAAAAGACAAAUAACUACUUAACUGACUGGUACCAAAAAUGAGCCGAAUAAAUGUAAAAACUAGAACAAUAUGUAUAAGUAUUGUUCAAAGUAUACAAUUUCAAAUGGUGUAUGUGCUAUAAUAAACAUAUUGAUGUUAAUAUUUCUUCUCAGAAAAGAUAACUUAAAAAAAUAUAUAAUUGAUUUUCUGAUUUAUUUUAUUUAUGCAACACAUUGUAUACUUUGAGGUGCUUUACUUGUUUAU